AUGGCACUCCUACAGUUCAGAGCUCCGGUCAAUUAUGAGGAUCACCAAAGUGCAUUCGAAGGCUUCUUGGAACAGUUCAAGUCUGCCCCAGCAGCUUCGAUCACCCAUGCGCUAGGAGGCAUGACCAUCGAUGAGGACGAUCUGAGCGACGAGUAUGACUUUAUGGAUGAGGAUGACGAAGAGCAAAAUACACGCAGGCGUUCACGGGCCCAAGCUCAGGAACCCAAAUUGAAGUAUUUAGAGCUCUUGCAGAGAGUUUCGGACAGAUACGAGGAAGAAAUCACCAUUGAUCUGGACGACGUGGAAGAGUGGGAUCGACAAUUAGAUGAGAAUGAGACACCAAUGAAGCUGGUAGAAUCGAUCGAAACGAAUGCGAAGCAUUAUCUUGAUAUCUUGUCGAAAGCCGUUGACAAGGUCAUGCCACCCCCUACCCGAGAAUUGAAUUACAAGGAUGAUGUCCUCGAUGUCUUGAUGUCGCAAAGGACAGCCCGUAAUGCUGCUCUGACACGGGCCGCCGAUGAGACUACCGACCCAACAGAUGAGCCUGAGCUUUUUCCAGCUGAGCUGACACGAAGAUAUACCCUCAACUUUAAACCACGGACACGGAGCAGAGAACCUUUAAAAGCUCUUGCAGUAAGACAGGUCCGAGGAGAGCAUCUAGGUCAUUUGAUCACAGUACGUGGAAUCACAACACGAGUUUCUGACGUGAAACCAACCGUUGAAGUCAAUGCCUACACCUGCGAUCGAUGUGGUUGCGAAAUUUUCCAACCUGUUGGUUCAAAGACCUUCGGGCCAUUAGUAGAAUGUCCAUCUCAAGACUGCAAAACAAAUCAGACCAAGGGCCAGCUACACCACUCUACGCGAGCUUCCAAAUUCCAGCCCUUUCAGGAAGUCAAGAUUCAGGAAAUGGCAGAGCAGGUUCCAGUUGGUCAUAUCCCGAGAAUGCUAACUAUUCUUUGCCACGGCGCUCUCGUCAGACGCAUAAAUCCUGGAGACGUAGUCGACGUAGCUGGGAUCUUUCUCCCAACACCUUACACUGGUUUCAAGGCUAUUCGUGCUGGUCUUCUGACCGAUACUUACCUGGAAGCCCAACACGUUAUACAGCAUAAGAAGGCUUAUGAAGAUAUGAGCACGGAUAGCAAAAUCUCGCGACGAAUCGAGCAAUACCAAUCUUCUGGUCAUCUAUACGAGUACCUCGCCAAGUCGAUCGCACCUGAGAUCUACGGACAUCUAGACGUCAAGAAAGCUCUUCUGCUACUUCUAGUCGGUGGUGCGACUAAGGUCAUGGGAGAUGGUAUGAGAAUCAGAGGUGAUAUCAACAUCUGCUUAAUGGGUGAUCCUGGAGUGGCAAAGUCCCAAUUGCUUAAAUACAUUACCAAGGUCGCUCCACGAGGUGUAUACACAACUGGUAGAGGUAGCAGUGGUGUUGGUCUUACUGCUGCGGUGAUGAAAGAUCCCGUCACCGAUGAAAUGAUUCUUGAGGGUGGUGCAUUAGUGCUUGCGGAUAAUGGCAUUUGCUGUAUCGAUGAAUUCGAUAAAAUGGACGACAGCGAUAGGACUGCAAUUCACGAAGUCAUGGAACAGCAAACGAUUUCGAUCUCUAAGGCAGGCAUUUCAACAACCCUCAAUGCUCGCACAUCUAUUCUCGCAGCCGCAAAUCCCCUCUAUGGUCGAUACAACCCCCGGAUAUCUCCUGUCGAGAACAUCAACUUACCAGCAGCCCUCCUUUCCCGUUUCGACGUACUUUUCCUCAUCCUGGACACACCAACGCGAGAUACAGAUUCUCUACUAGCUCAGCACGUAAAUUAUGUUCACAUGAACAACAAGCAUCCUGAUACUGAAGGUGUGGUGUUUACACCUACUGAAGUUCGACACUACAUUGCAAAAGCCAGAACUUUCAGCCCAACCGUACCAACCGCAGUCUCGGAAUACAUCGUCAAGGCGUACGUUAAGAUGCGCGAGCAGCAAUCAAGGGACGAGAAAAACAAGAAGCAAUUUGCUCACACGUCUCCUCGUACACUUCUUGGUAUCGUUCGUCUUUCUCAAGCACUUGCUCGUCUUCGAUUCAGCGAGACUGUGGUUCAGGAUGACGUUGAUGAGGCGCUACGUCUCAUUGAAGCCAGCAAAGAGUCGCUCUACCAGGACCAAGAUGGUUACCGAAAGGAUAUGUCACCCAGCUCCCGUAUUUACAACAUGGUCCGCGCGCUUGCUGAGGCAGGACAAUGCAGACCAGCUGAUGCUGAUGACGAUGAUGAAGACUCUUUGGGUAUGGAACUGAGCAUGAAGAAGGUGGAAGACAGAGUGAUCGCCAAAGGUUUCACAAAGGAUCAGUGGCAGACUGCUGUCAUGGAGUACACAAAUCUCGAUAUUUGGCAAACUGCUGGCAACGGUACAAGACUUAUCUUCAUUGUUUCUGAGGCAGCGCAUAUGGCAAGAGACGCAGAGUUGGAAAUGACAUAA